UGCAGCUAUGAGCAGCAACGAUGCUUCAAGUGUGGACGAUCUGGCCACUGGGCCAGGGAAUGCCCUACUGGUGGAGGGCGGGGUCGUGGAAGGAGAAGCCGAGGCAGAGGUGGGUUUACCUCCGAUAGAGGGUUCCAGUUUGUUUCCUCGUCUCUUCCUGGUAUCUGUUACGGCUGCGGUGAGUCUGGUCAUCUUGCCAAGGAUUGUGACCUUCAGGAGGAUGUUGAAGCCUGCUAUAACUGCGGUAGAGGUGGCCACAUUGCCAAGGACUGCAAGGAGCCCACGAGAGAGCGAGAGCCAUGGUGCGACAGCUGUGGCGAGCCUGGCCAUCUGGCUCGUGACUGUAACCACGCGGAUGAGCAGAAGUGCUAUUCUUGUGGUGAAUCUGGACAUAUUCAAAAAGACUGCACCAAGGUGAAGUGCUAUAGGUGUGGUGAAACUGGUCAUGUAGCCAUCAAUUGCAGCAAGACAAGUGAAGUCAACUGUUACCGCUGUGGCGAGUCAGGGCAUCUUGCACGGGAAUGCACAAUUGAGGCUACAGCCUAAUUAUUUUCCUUUGACGCCCCUCCUUUUUCUGAUUGGUGGUUGUAUUAUUUUCUCUGAAUCCUCUUCACUGGCCAAAGGAACAGAUAGAGGCUGUUCCCAGGCCAGUGAGCUUCACUUGCAGUGUAAAAGGAGGAAAGGGGUGGAAAAACCGAAUUUCUGCAUUUAACUACAAAAAAAGAAAAAGUUUGUGUUUAGUUUGGUAGAGGUGUUAUGUAUAAUGCUUUGUUAAAGAACCCCCUUUCCGUGCCACUGGUGAAUAGGGAUUAAUGAAUGGGAAGAGUUCAGUCAGACCAAUAAGCCCCUUUGGGUUUGAGUGUGUUCCCAUGUAGGAGGUAAAACCAAUUCUGGAAGCGUCUGGGCUUCCAUAAAUAACAUUAAUUUUUAGCAUAAUGACGGCCUUGGAUUGUCUGACCUCAGUAGCUAUUAAAUAACAUCAAGUAACAUCUGUAUCAGGCCCUCGAAGAGCAUACAGUUGAGUAAACUGAGAAGACAAAUGUGUUGCUGUCUAUGCCAGAGAAAUCGGGAUAAAAGCCUAACACAGGAGCAGCUUCAUCCCAGACAGAUGGUGAUGGCAAAGGUGUAGAACACAUUUUUCAGAGACUAAAUCUAAAACCCAGAGUAAACAUCGCUUAGAGUUGAAUUGCAGAGAAAUGCAUUUUCACAGAAAUCAAGAUGUUAUUUUUGUAUACUAUAUCACUUAGAAAACUGUGUUUCAUUUGCUGUGAUCAGUUUUUAAAAGUCAGGUGGAAAAAGCAACUGAAGUCCUAGAAAAUAGAAAAUGUAAUUUUAAACUCUUCCAAUAAAGCUGGAGGAAGGGGAGUUUGACUAAAGUUCCUUUUUGUUUGUUUUGAAUUUUCAUCAAUGUCUAUAGAACAAAAUGCGAUAUUAAAGGGGAAUGCAGAGGAAAAAAAAAAAAGACUACCUCUGGUUGCAACCAUUUUUCUAUAAAUGAUAUAACUGUCUUUAACACAAAUGUAUUAUAUGUAUUUUGGUGCAUGCAUGUGUGUUCGAGUAUGCAUAUGUGUGCCACAGUAUGUUGUUCAAUUAGAACCUCCGGCUUACCCUUGCAUGAUCCAGAAAGCCCCAUUACCCUCUCUCUCUCUCCCUCCCUCUCUCUCUCCAAAACCUGCCCUCUCAGAGAAUCUCCAAAAAAGAAAAGGCACCGAAAAGCCCAGUUCCACCUUCUUGGUGGCUGCAGCAGCCCCUCCCCUGAAGUUUUCAGCAGCCCAAAUCCCCGCCUAAAGUGUUCAGCUUUUGACCAUACUUGGGCACAAACCCAGCUUGUGAAG